AUGCUCGGUUCUAGCCUGGUGGAAAUCAUUUCAAUUUCUGAGAAGAAAAGACAUGAUCUUCUCUCAUGGGUUAGCAACAAUUUCGACAAUCUUUACAAGGGACAGAAUUAUGAAGAGAAAGAUGAGUAUACAAAGAGAUUGUUUGAAGUCAAUGACAAUUUAGAACAACUCGUACGAUAUCUGGCUAAUGUAGAGGAGGAAAAAACUGUCGAUUCGCACUACGUCUUCAUCAGAGUGGCCCAGUUGUACACUUUUUGUUUGACACGCCUAGAAAAUACACACCCAGGUAAAAUCUACGAUGCAUCUGAAUUACUGGCAAAUGUACUAGCAGAAGAACCUAUUAAAUUUGAAAUGGAACAAGAUGCAAAUGAUAAGGAUAAAAAGAAGAAAAAAUCCAAUCCUAAAAAGACCUACGUUUUUUCACCAGUUAAAGAUUUAGCAUGUACUGUUUUAACUCAAUUUUUUGAGAGUUUUGGUAAUAGAAUAUCUGCAUUAGGACCAUUAGUAUCAGGAAGCAUUUUCAAAAAUAUAAAGAAGAUGUUAGAGAAGACCAAAUAUAUCCAUGCUACUUAUAUGACUUCGAUAUUGCAAUUGCAUGCCGCCAUUUUGAAGAAUACGAAAAAUAUGCCCUCUAGUAACACUUUCUAUGGGAAAUUCGCCAAACUAUCCAAGGUUAUUAUUGAAAGUAUUCAAGUUGAUCAAGAAGAUUAUCCAGUAGACUUUCUCUCGAGUAUUAUUGAAAUUUGGUCAAAUUAUUUGAAACAAGAUCAAUUCAUUAAGGAUCACGGUAAUAAUCUGAAGACCACAUUGUGUGCCAAAUUUAGUGAAAGGGAAUGGGGUAUGUUCGGAUUGGCCAAUGAUCAUACAAGGACUUAUACCGCUAGAUCGAUAGCAGAAGUCUUGUUUCAUUUUUUCAAUAUAAAAAAGUUGGUUACAUUACCUGAGGUAUGGGAAAUAUAUGCAGAAAUCUUUAGUCAAAGCACACAACGAGAACUGCAGGCCGGAUGUUUUGAAUCCAUCAUACAUUUUAUUGGAUUGUGUUCAGCCGCCGAUAGCAAUUUCUUUGGUGGUACCAAUUACUUGGAAAUUAUAAGAUCGUUGAGUAGCGCUAUCUUUGACCGUCCAGAUGCUCAGAACAUAAGUAUGGAGACUUCAUCCAGAUAUCUCAGAUAUUUUGAGCAUAUGCAUGACAUUCUCUUACCGAGGAUAUGGGAUUCGUCCAAGAGCCAAAUUCUUUUCCGAAUAAUGGGAUGUAUUGAAGAACAGGAAAAUGGCAACUCGAAAACUCGUGAAAAUUCUCGAUUCGCCAUAAAUGGGACACUAGGAAAUCAAUGGUUGACUUUGACUCAACUGGAAUUGGUACGUCGUUUACUUUGUGCUCUUUCAUCAUCUUUUGGUAAUGAGCAACAUAUCGUCCAACAAAUAAAGCAUAAAUUAAUAGAGUUGAGCACUUGUGACGUAUUUAUCGUUAGAAUUCACUCUGUUGAGAUUUUGAAAACCUUUUUGAUGAGUUUCCGAGAAUAUUUAAGUGAAACCAUCGAAUCUCAACUAACAGAAUUAUCUAACGAUUUUGAAUUGGAAGAAAACUUCCCUUUUUCCGUUAACCAUGGGCGCUCUCUGGUAAUAGCUAGUCUAAUUGAGUGUGCCGAUAAGGAUUACGUGUCUUACGAACUUAUCAUGAGAAUUACUAUCUUCGCCACCUCUUUUAUCAAAAAUCAUACAACUUCCACUAAUUCCUCCAUGUACUACAAGGGUUUGAUUUGUUGGAUUUUACUUAUUGGAUUAGUAAAUUACAAGGACGAGCAGUAUCUAUCAAUGCAAUCUUCUCAAUUGUUCUUAUUCUGGAAAGUAUUACUUACUCAUACUUUUACACACCAUGAUCAAGACGAACUUUACAAGAAUCUCGAGAUUAGGAACCAUUCCUUAGUAUGCCUUCUGACUUACUUGGGUAAUGUAACCAUUCAGAAAGAUAUUGCCAAACAAGUGUCAUAUUUAUUAACCAAAUGUUCCAAUUAUAACCAUUCUGUGACUGUUAAAUCGAAUAGCAUAGAUAAAGCAUUAUUGAUUAAUGAGUAUAGGUUGUUACAAGUCUAUUUGAGGAUAAACGAAUUUAUUAAAAAAGAUUUCAAUAGUUCCCUGUUGAUUCUUAUUGUGAAAAAUUUCUCAGAUCCCAAUCUUUACGGUGAAUCUGUUUCUCCAGGAUUGGAUGCAAUUAAGAAGGCGGGAACUAAGAAACCAUCAAAAGAUGACGGUAAGGAAGAUGUUAUGCAUCCCUCUGUAAAUACUUUACUUUGCCAAAAUGAUGGUUUUGCCUUCGGUCUAUCAAGUAAAAUAUCAUCUUCUGCCGUUAGUGAGCUAACUAUCAAGUCCCCAAAAAUGCCACAAUUUGAAGUUGGUCAGAAUACUUUCUCGAGGAAGUACUGUUGGUACCAACCUUUUGAAGAUGAAAUCACAAAACCUAUUUUGCCAAUUCUGUGCCUGGAUUAUCUGAUCAUGCUGUAUGGUUCUAGAGGGUAUUCUGGGAGAGAUAGAUACGGACCUAGAAUCACUACGUCACUAAUAGAUUCUUCAAUGGAAAUAUUUUCCUUAGUCUUCCCAUAUUUGAAUGCAAAAAUCCAGUAUUCUGUGAUAGAGAGUUUAAACCUGUCAAUGUUUUCAAAAUUAACUACACCUUUAAGGAGCGUAGCUAUAGCGACAAAUUCUGCUGUUGCCAUUCAUGGAGCUUUGAAAAUCAUUCAAGAUAAAGAAUUGUCGCUGGAUAUCAGUGUGGGUCAGCUUUUGUUGGAAUCAGUAAAAAAGAUAGAUUUUUCUGAUGAUCCGUUUCUAACUUACCUAAAAGCAGAAUGCAUUGGAUUGAUAACCGCUGCUGUAAGUAGAGGUACAGCUGGCAAGGCCCUUCCAGAGUAUGUUCUAGAACAAAGUAAUAUUAUUAUUAAAAAUGUCGUUGACCAGAACGACCCAUAUUUGAGAGUUUUACAUGCAUUGUCACUAUCAGCAAUCUUCAAAUAUAACUCUCAAACGGCAAAAUUCCACUCCCUCUUCGAUGUCAUUUUCACAUUAUUGAAAGAUCCUCACCCCGUUGUGCAUGCUUGGUCUUUGAAGGCGUUGCAUGUUAUUCUGAAAAAGCAUCAAUCAAUGGAUAUAUCGUUAGCUUCUGAAUUGCUUCGCACACUGGAAGAUAUCGCAAUGGAUCCUAAUUUUGGUACAUAUGGAUCAUCCAUUAUCCGUUAUAAUCACAGCAAGGAAUUUGAUUCACAUAUCAUGUUAGGUCAAAUUUUUUGUACUUUGACAGAAACCGUGGGUCCUAGUAUUCCUGAUCUUGAUAAAGCUGCUAAAGAAGCCUUCAGAAAUGUUACCUUCGGCUGCAUCACCACAAAUGAUGUCGCGAGUGAAUCAUUAGGGUUAGCUAUCUAUGAAAAUAUUGCUACAUUCAAACAUUCUGGGAUCUUAUGUGAUGAGGUGUUCAUUGGACUAGCUAUGAACAUGAUUGGAGGAUCUUUUAUAACAGGAUUUGGUGGAUCUUAUUUUAAUUCACACUUUACGGGAACUGAAGACGUGAUCCCGUUUACUACUAGUAGGAAAGCUACUUUUGACAACUUUAGACUAUUUACCCAAUUGCUUCGUUUGCAAAAAGGCGAUAUGUUCGUGAAAAACCUGGAUAUUCAAAGUUGGAGAUAUCUCACUCUAUAUCCAAAUUCUCCCCAUGUAAUUGAUUACUUUUUUGCAUGGUUGGAACAGAGUUACAAAAAUGAUGCUCAUUGGUUCGAAAAGCUAUGUGUGAUGUUUAAUAUGACAAGAGGUAAGUUAUUCGGAGGUGUUUUCCAAAGAGUCAAUAAGAUACUCGAAGAUAAAGGGAUAAAGAAGCCGGAAGAAAAGCAAAUAAGAGGUGAAGAGGAGGAGUCCAUCGCCAAGUCAUCGGAAAAAUCUGCGAAAGGGAUUGUAUCCGAGGGCUCUGAAAGUAUAUGUUGGCUUGCUAAGAUUGCAAUUCUUCGUCUAAUUCUGUAUCUCUGCGAGGAAAUACAACUUGAUCAGAAGUUAUCCCAUAUUGUUGGUAAACAGGCCCCUUCCUUAAUAAGAAUAUCAUUCCAAGCAUCUACUACAAGGGUUGUAUUGAUGAAAAGUAUGGGGCUCAAAAUUUUGAAUAUUUUAUUAAAACAAUAUACGAGAAUGAACAAGAUGGAGGACAAUCUAAUGAUCGAACAACAAGAGGCUCAAAUUACUAGCGCUCUAAUGCCGGCUUUCAGUGAAGGUAGUUCACCUGAUAACGUGGCAUCUGCAAUUAAUGUUGCCGCCGAAUUCUUGGGUUCGAAUAUCGCACCUCUGGAGAGAAUGAGCAGAAUAUCACAAUUACUAGUGACCCUUCUAGGUAAUUUCAAUGACAAGUCCUCUGACAUCAAAGUCGGUGAGACUACAAUUAUUACCCAAAGAGCAAGGAGAAAGGUUGAACUUGCCAUUUUGAACGCAUGGGCUUGGCUGGUAUACAGCUCUCUGUCGACAAAAAAUGACGAUUUAUUUGUAUUUGUGAAGGGAUAUUUGGAUGUAGUAGUUCCACUAUGGAUCAUCUCACUACGUGAAUACGUUAUGGUAAAAUAUGAGGGUGUCAAAACAGAGGAGGAGCUCAAGAACGACCCCCGAGAGUCCUUGAUAGAGUCCCAAAAUACUAAGUUGGAAUUAUACAAACCGGUAUGGUUGAAUUUUGUUGUGGCACUAGGGUCUUUAAUGGAGUCUGAUCAAAAAUACAUUUGCAAAUGCCUGAAUGCUGAGGAACUAGAGAGUUUUAUGUUUAUUUUGUUUGCACAAUGCAUGGAAACAACGGUUAAGAACAUAGACGAUCAUAGCACAAAGAUGAAAGUAUUACCAGCCUUGCACAACAUAUUGAAGAACAGUUUGCCCAUCAAUAAUUUAUUUGAGGACGACAUUCACAGUGAGUUUGUGGGUAUUUUAGAUCGUUUGAUGAUUAUGGGUGAUAACAGUGAAAGAGUCCUAUUAAUUCAUAUUAUCAACGAUCUAGUUGUGGGGUAUACAAAACAGAACAAAUCACAUGGAUCAUUUUUGGAAGGUAUUGAUAAGUUAUAUGAGCUGCUGAGGCUACUUCUCAUACCAGUUGGAACAAUUUUACCUUUCAUAAAGGCAACAAGCGAUGAGACUGAAUCCUCUGAUAAAAUAGAUAUCACUGAUUCAGAUUUGUCGGUUCUGAAACUGGCAUUCGGUGUAUUUGAAUCGAAUGUUAGCCAAUUUGACGAUUUAUUCAAAGUUGAUCUUUAUGCAUGUCUGCUCUUUAUUAUGGGCAGAAUCUAUCAAUCGAAAGUUGCAGAUUCUGUAGUAGGGACCAUUCUUCCCCUUUUGAAAUCUCUGACCAAGGGUCUAAUUGGUGACGGUGAGCAUGUUGGUAUGCUUGAUGUCUUCUAUGGAUCGAUUAAGGGUGUCAUGGGAACAAACGCAAACAAGCAAAACCAGUUGGCUACCAUUCUAAUUCUUUUAAGCAAUGGUUACAAGGGAUUUGACGAGAAAACGUUAGAAGAAUUCAGCGACCUGUUAGUAGAUGGGAUAAAGAGGCAGGAGACACAGGCAAUUGCCGUACAGGGAUUUAAGACGGUAAUUAAUCUAAGUCAAAAACAUGACAAUUGCAGAUAUGUCUUGAAUAAGGCCAUUAAGAGACUGUCAUCGUCUUUGAAAGAUGAAAAAUCAGCUACUGUGCAUAAAUUAGUGCUUGAGAUCUUGGGACUUUUAGCCAAAAAAGUUAUGGAAGAGAAACCGGAAAGUGCAGUAUCUGUCAUCACAUUAGUUCUGCUGCUUAUCUUAUCAUCCUGCAGUACAUGCCCAGAGGUUCGCGAAGCUGCUGGUGAUAAAAUCGUUUCGAUUAUUCAGCUUGACCUUAGCGCUUUUAAAUCAACCAUAAACAGUAAAUUGAACCAAGACCAGAAGCAAAGAAUCGAAAUGAUUGUGGAGCAGUCUUCAGAAUAUCAGAGUAUCGAAAGAAGUUCAGGCGGCAGCAUUCCAUUUGAAUUAAGAGAUUUCAAUUGA